AUGUCGACACCGUCCACUUCCUCGACCAUCACAGCCUCUUCCUCCUCUUCCCUAUCUCCGCUUCCCCCAUCGCACUUACUCGAAGUCAGCCUGAUAUCUGCUCAAAACCUGGCUCCUGUCUCCAAAUCCAUGCGGAUGUACGCUUUAACAUGGGUUCAUCCUAAUCGAAAACUUAGCACGGUCACCGACCAACGAGGCAACAACAAUCCCACAUGGAAUAGCAAAUUUGCAUUCCCCGUUGAUGAUGAAAUCUUGGAAUCUGACGAUGCUGCUGUGACCGUGGAGAUUUACACUCUUUCCUGGUUUUGCGAUGUUCUUGUUGGGACAGUACACGUUCUUAUCAGCGAUCUCAUCACUCCAUCACCCUGGAGCAAGCCAAACUCCAAAAACAUACGGUUUUUAGCCCUUCAGGUUUGCCGGCCGUCAGGAAGCCCUAAGGGAAUACUCAACAUGGGCGUUCGGCUUCUGGACAGCAGUAUGAGAAGUAUGCCACUACCUACCCCUAUCAAUCCUGAGAAUUAUUCUGAAAUAAUUGUGAAAAAAAAUGUUAAACAGGCGCAAGACGAAGAAGAGGAAGAGAAAGAUAAAGACGAAUUGAACGCGAAAGUACUGCUCUGGCGUUCUUUAAGCGUAGGAUCCGAGGUUACCAAAACCGAAUUCCCUCUAAAACAGGGAUCGGUAUGUAAUGGCUCAAUGGUAAAUGGAUCAGAAUUGUGUUCGGAUAUCGGGCCCUCAGCCUCGAUUGUGGCGGCGGAAUUAGCAAUGAAGUCACAAUCACCAGCAGCACGAGCCCCAAAUAAAAUGUACAAACCUGCAGAAGAUGAGGGAACAGGAAGCUCCAUCCUGGGGGAUUUGACAGUCGAGGAAGCCAAAGCCAAAGGUUAUCAAUAUAUGUCGAGACAAGAGAGAUGGAUGAGAGAAUCUGUGCCGGAGAAUGAAAUUGAUGGCGAUAAGUCUGAAUCAAUGAACGGAUUUUCCCGAAGGAAUUCUGAAGGAGACAAGUUUUCGUGUUUUUUCGGAAAUCAGUAUGGGAUUCAAUUGACCAUUUCUUGUGGGUCGCCUAGCGAUGGAGACAGCAAUAAGAAACUCAUUACUAGUAAGAGUACAAGCAACAAGUCACGUGAGGCAAAUUCAGCUUAA